AAACAGGGGCCGGAACUCGUUUCCCAUCCUCUCUCUGCGCUGAGGCUGUGUCCAGAACACGGCGGAGGGGCACACUCCCACCCCUCGCCCUUUUCUCCAUCCGCCUCCUUCGGAAAAAAGGGGCGCGAGGAGCCAGUUCACCCUCCCUUUUCCAAGGCGGAGCGAUCUCUGCUUUCUCUCUCGGCUCUGGGACUCGUUUUUGUCUUUCCCCGGCGGUGUGAUCCGCUCGGCGCGGUGGUGCGGCUCCAUCUUGGCUCCGCUCGGGGCGGGGGCUCCGCGGCCGGGACCACCACCACUACCACCACCAUGGACGAGGCCUACGACGUGAUAGUGCUGGGCACCGGCCUGACCGAAUGUAUCCUUUCGGGCAUCAUGUCUGUGAAUGGCAAGAAGGUCUUGCACAUGGACCGGAAUCCAUACUACGGGGGCGAGAGCUCAUCCAUUACUCCCUUGGAAGAGCUCUACAAGCGCUUUGAGAUCGCAGAGGGGCCCUCUGAAUCUAUGGGGCGUGGAAGGGACUGGAAUGUUGACCUUAUCCCCAAAUUCCUCAUGGCAAAUGGCCAGCUGGUGAAGAUGCUGCUGUAUACGGAAGUGACGCGCUACCUGGACUUCAAAGUGGUGGAGGGCAGCUUUGUAUACAAAGCAGGGAAGAUCUAUAAGGUGCCGUCAACAGAGACAGAAGCCCUGGCAUCCAAUCUCAUGGGCAUGUUUGAGAAGAGGCGCUUCCGCAAGUUCCUAGUGUUUGUGGCGAACUUUGAUGAGAAUGACUCAAAGACACUGGAGGGUGUGGAUCCUCAAAACACCACCAUGCGCGAGGUCUACCGGCGCUUUGAUCUGGGUCAGGAUGUCAUCGACUUUACAGGACAUGCACUGGCACUCUACCGGACCGAUGAUUACUUGGAUCAGCCCUGCUUGGAGACCAUCAAUCGUAUCAAACUGUAUAGUGAAUCCCUGGCCCGCUAUGGGAAGAGCCCCUACCUCUACCCGCUUUAUGGCCUGGGAGAACUUCCUCAGGGCUUUGCCAGGCUCAGCGCUAUCUAUGGUGGCACCUACAUGCUCAACAAGCCAGUGGAUGAGAUUGUCAUGGAAGGCGGAAAGGUCAUUGGGGUCAAGUCAGAGGGAGAGGUGGCACGCUGCCAGCAGCUGAUCUGCGACCCAAGCUACAUACCUGACAGGGUGCGCCCAGCGGGGAAGGUGGUGCGUGUCAUCUGCAUCCUGAGCCACCCUAUCCGUGGCACCAGUGACGCCAAUUCCUGUCAAAUCAUCAUCCCCCAGAAUCAAGUGGGGCGCAAGUCUGACAUCUAUGUCUGCCUCAUCUCAUCUGCCCACAAUGUAGCUGCCCAGGGCAAGUACAUUGCUAUUGUGAGCACUACUGUGGAGACGGACUCACCUGAGAAUGAAGUGCAACCAGCCCUUGAGCUGCUUGAACCUAUCGACCAAAAGUUUGUGGCCAUCAGUGAUAUAUAUGAACCUACUGAUGAUGGAACUGAAAGUCAGAUAUUCUGCUCACGGUCAUACGAUGCCACCACUCACUUCGAGACAACAUGUGAUGACAUCAAAGACAUUUACCGGCGCAUGGCAGGGGCUCCCUUUGACUUCGAGAGCAUGAAACGGCGCCAGAAUGAUGUCUUUGGCGAGGACGAGCAGUGACCACACUCAUUCCUUCCCUGUCCCUCCUUUCCCCAGGUUUUCCCCAUGCGAGGGACCAUACUCCUGCCAGGGACUGGCGCUAACCCACUCCUCACCGUAGACUGGCUUGUCCUCCAAAUCCUCAUUCCGCUGGGACAGUGGUAUCACACUUGUGGCUCUCCAGGUGUUUUGGACAUCAGCUCCCAAAAUUCCUUGCCAUUGCACAAGCUGGCUAGGGCUUCUGGGAGCUGGAGACCCAAACAUCUGGAGGGCCACAAGUUUAACACCUCUGCCUCAACCUAUAAGGCAGAAACACAUUUCUGCGUUAAUUCUUUCUUGCCCUCCCACCAGUCUUAACCUUCCUGACAUUUAUCCCUUACAUUCUCUCCAGUGCCUCUUUCAGGCAUUUGGGACCAUGCUGUCUGUUACAUACAAUUGCAUGCAUUUAAGUCCACCCCGACUUAGGGGGAAAAGCAGUUUGAGACUAGGGUGAUUUGGCACACUUUUUUGCAACAACUUAUUAUUCCUGAUGGUCUCUCUAGGAUAAAUGCGCAUUUGAAAGAUGGAAGUAUUAAGCACACUCACCACUUUUGC